AUGUUACGUCUGAGCUUCAUCUUCCUGAGCGCCGCGCUGUUGUUAUUGUUCGACAACACCUCAGCUGGAGCUGGACAAAAUACUGUAACGUAUACUGCAAAGCUUGGUGACACUGUCCAAUGCCUCAGCGAAGUUAACGCUGCCCGUGAGGCAGCUGGAUUGGCGAACUUCAUUCAGGCAACAGUCGACGAAAAAAAAAUAUCUGACCCUGGAGAAAAUGAGCUUACCGAAAACAAAUGGAGGGACCUUUGUGAACAUUUGAUACCCAUGCCAUCCGAAACAUUUAGCGUCCAAGCGGUGGCAGAUCCCUUCAAAGAUGGAACGUAUGCUUUCAAGUCCCUUACUGCCGAGCAACCAAACUGCGCCGAAACUGUCGAUUACUGGAAGGCGGCCUACAAAAACUUCACGGGACUGCCGCCUCCAAAGGGUGAAGCUGGAACAUUGUACGACAAUCAAGACAACGUUUCCUUUGUAGCCUUGUACAACCCUUCUUCGAAUGCCACUGCAGACUGUCGAGUCGUUACUUGUACUCAAACGACGUCUUCUGCUGACCCUUCAUCUCGCGUCUCAAGCGACGGCAACGAUGGGAACACGAAAUUGGGCUACGCAAUGCUUUGCAAGACGACACCUACUGCUUUUGAAAAUGACAGUACUGCUCCAUUUACGCAAGAGCAAUGGGACAAGAUCAAAUCUUCUCUCACAGGACACGCGUCGAUAGCAGCUCCAAGCCUGGCUGCUCUUGCCAUUCUGCG